AUGGCUACUUCAAAUGGUCUGGGGCCUAAGAAGCCCGUCCUAUUCUUUGAUAUCGACAACUGUCUGUAUUCAAGAAGCACCAAGGUCCACGAUCUCAUGGCUGACCUCAUUGACCAAUAUUUCGCCACUCAUCUGGGAGUUCCCUAUGAGGAGGCUGUGAGACUUCACAAGGACUACUAUACCAACUAUGGUCUGGCCAUUGAGGGGCUGGUCCGCCAUCAUCAGAUUGAUCCCCUCGACUACAACGCAAAAGUCGACGACGCCCUGCCGCUGGAGGAUAUCAUCAAGCCCGACCCUGAACUCCGCGCUCUGCUCCAGGACAUUGACAAAAGUAAGGUCACAAUGUGGCUGCUCACCAAUGCAUACAGCACCCAUGGUAAACGAGUGGUCCGUCUUUUGGGCAUUGACGACCUGUUUGAUGGCCUGACCUUCUGCGACUACGCCGAGGAACCCCUGCUCUGCAAGCCUCACCCGGAUAUGUUCAAGAAGGCUAUGCGCCAGGCUGGUAUUGAGGAAUAUGGGGACUGCUACUUUGUCGAUGACUCGUACUCGAACUGUGCAAAGGCAAGCGAGCUUGGCUGGCACGUUGCCCACCUGGUAGAAGAAGGCCUCAAGGUCCCGGAGACACCGGCCUCGCAAUAUCAGAUAAAGCACGUGCGAGAGCUGAGGACAAUCUUCCCCCAGUUUUUCAAGUCUACGUCCCAGUAA